AUCACGAAGCACCUGACUAACAGAAGGAAGCAAAGGCACGAUCCUUACAUUCAUUAAUAGCUUGCAUACAUAGUAUUGGGACUUAACUGAGUUUCUGGGUACUUUCACCAGGAAUAUGGAAUUGAAACACAGCUUAUUCGCUGUUUUUCUGCUGUGCUACGUCACUGCGAUUGACAACAAAGACAUUAACAAUGAGCUCCCUUUACGACGCUCCAAAUACUCCAUUGUGAAUCCUCAGUUGAUUCGAAGAUGGACAAGGAGCAUCAACACAGAAACACAGUCAAGAGGAAAUGAUGAAGAUGAGAACAUUUCAUAUGCACUUAACAUAAACAGCAGGAAGCACCUCCUUCAUCUGCAAAAGAACAGAGACUUUUUACAUCCGAACUUUGUUCAGUUUUCAAGUGAUGCCACUGGGAACUACGAGCCAUCUUAUCCGAAGCAAUCUGUGCAUUGCUAUUACCACGGCCAGGUGGAGGGAUAUGAGGAUUCAGUGGUAGCACUGAGCACAUGCUCUGGCCUUAGGGGUGUGAUUGUUAUCGGAAAUGAAACGUACGGACUUGAACCCGUGGAACAGUCUGAAACAAACGACCACCUUCUCUACCUUCUGAAUGACGAUCAGACUGGGCCCAUCAGCUGUGGGGUCGUCAGUGAGGAUGCAUCAACUCAAAGCCACGAACCGUUUGAGCCGGGCCAAUCACUGACCAAGCUGCUGAGGAGGAAGCGCAAUUUGCCACUAACCAGUUAUGUGGAGUUGGUGGUGGUUGUGGAUAAUCUCAGGUACAAACUUAAGAAAGGAAACGAGACGGCCAUACGAGAGGAAAUGGUGGAAGUAGCUAAUCUCCUGGACGGGUAUUAUAAGCAGCUGAAUAUCCGCGUGGUGCUGAUGGGCCUGGAGAUCUUUAAGGACAGUAAUCCCUUCAGUGUGGAGGGUUCUGCAGGAGAGGUGUUAGGGAAUUUUGUUAAGUGGAGGAAGGAGUCUCUGUUACCAAAGAUCAGGCAUGAUGUCGGUCAACUCGUUGUUGGUCGGAGCGGCCCCUACGGUGGCAGUGUAUUAGGAAUGGCCUUUCUUGGGACCGUCUGCUCUGCAGCGAACUCUGGAGGAAUUAACGUGUUCUCUGACGACAAAGUGCCCUUAUUCUCCACUUUGAUGGCCCACGAGAUGGGACAUAACCUGGGCAUGAAUCAUGACAAUGGACGCUGCACAUGCGAGGGAAACGCCUGUAUCAUGGCUGCCAGUCUUAGUGGAUCCACAAAGUUCAGCACUUGCAGUGGGCAGGACUUUGAGACACUGUUCAUUCAAGGAGGAGGAGAGUGUCUAAAAAACCAGCCCAACCCAUCAGAUGUGGUCGGUAAUAUUGAAUGUGGCAAUGGUCGGCUGGACAAAGGAGAGCAAUGUGACUGUGGCAAACCAGAGGAAUGCGAUAACGACUGCUGCAAUGCGGCCACCUGCAGGUUUACAUCCGGGUCGACCUGCGCUCAGGGGUCUUGCUGCAACAACUGUCAGGUCAGAGUGUCUGGAUAUAAUUGCAGAGCGUCGGUCAACACUUGUGACCUCCCUGAAUUCUGUGACGGCCGCACAGGGUUCUGUCCCGAUGACUAUUAUGUCAUGGACGGCCUGCCGUGUCUCAGCAACACUGCUUACUGCUAUGAAGGCCGAUGCCAGACAUAUGAUUACCAGUGCAAACAUCUCUUUGCACAAGAUCUAGCUACAAAGGCUGACGAUUUCUGCUUCAGCCAUGCAAAUAUUGAGGGGGACAAAUAUGGAAACUGUGGACUCGAUAGCAGCCAACAGUAUAAAAAAUGUAGUCUCGUAAAUGCCAAGUGUGGAAAGUUGCAGUGCACCAACGUGGACCUUAACAUUCACCCUGUUGGUGCCCAAGUCAGUUCCGUGGUCAUUGACGGGAAAAAAUGUGUUAACGCUGACUUCGGCCUGGGCCCAGAUGUGCUGGAUCCUGCCUAUGUUAACCCGGGCAGCCCUUGUGAGAAAGGAAAGACCUGCCUGGACUUUGAGUGUGUGAACGCCUCCGCUCUGCUGCCCAACUUCAACUGUGAAGCCCGGACCACUUGCAACGGCAAAGGGGUCUGUAAUGACAGAGGGAACUGCCACUGUCAUGACGGGUGGUCACCCCCUCGCUGUGACAAGUCAGGGCGUGGUGGAAGCAUAGACAGCGGUCCUGCUCAGAUUGACCACUCCCUCAGGAACGGCCUUUUGAUCUUCUUCCUGCUGGUGGUUCCUGUUCUGGUCCUCCUCAUUCUGCUGUUGCUCUACAUCUUCAAGAGGGAAUCCCUAAACCCAUGCAUAAACAGAUGUCACAAGUCGAGGAAUCCUAACAAAGGAAAUUCAAAUUCACAAUCAACCCAAGAUGUACCAAGAGCUGCCCCAGCCCAGCCUUCAGUACAGUAUGCUUCUGAUGGGCCUGGAUAUCCUUCAUCUACCCCACUUCCAGCUUCUGGUUUAAGGUAUGGAGAACUGGAUUAUUGGAACGCAGACAAGGCCCCUGUCCCUGCACAACCUGCACAACCACAUAGGCAGGGGCCCGGAGUUCCGAAACCAAUCCCUGCUGGGAAGCCACCAAUCUAAUUCAGCUUUUAAGAUCAAUAUUUUCAACUGUAAAUGUAUACAGUAUGCUGCUCAACACUUUAUGAAAAUGCAAUUUUAAAACACUGUGAUAAGUGGACUCACUGUUACCGGUUGCCGUGGCAGCUUUCUAAUAAUCGACUGUUACAUGGUGGUGGAUAAGGCUGGUGACUGUGCAACAUUUU